AUGGGAAUUUCUCAGGAAAGGAAAGUCUUUGAGCGCGAUAAUGGUACGAUAGUUACACAUCUCAAAAAAUGUGUACAUUUUACGCAACAAACAACACCCGAGGAAAGAAAAAAAGUUUUUGAUUUAUCCAAUAAUGAACAAACUAAGCGACCAAGUUCACCAUAUGAUACCACGUCUAAUUCAUCACAAUCGUCUAACCGAAAGGUUAUUGUACGAUCGUCUUCUUUUGGCCUACUUGACAACUAUUCUGUUAGACCAUUAUCGCGGCAAGAUUAUGAAAAAUUUAAGGUUCUUUUGUUAAGAUUAACAAUAUCUUGCGGUUGGUCUUUUAAUUGGAUAAACAAGCCAGAGACGCAUGAACUGUUUGAUUUCUUGAAUCCUCUUAUAAAUCUUCCAGACCGUCGAACCCUUGGUGGACCAAUUUUAGAUACAGCUGUUUCUAUAUAUAAUAAUGGAAUGUAUGAAGCUCUUCAUGAGGAUAAAAUUGGUACUACUUUAACAUUUGACGGGUGGACGAACGUUAAUAAUGAACAAUUAAUGGGUGUAAUGAUAGUAACUUCUGGAGGGAAACCCUAUACCUGGAAGGCGGUAGAUGUUAGUGUAGAGAGGGAAAGUUACAUUAAUGUAAUGGAAAAAACAAAAGGAAUGAUUGAUGAAUUAAAAAACUUAAAUAUAAAGAUCAAUGCAAUUGUUACAGAUAGUGCGGGGCCAUAUGCUGCGGCUAGGCGAAGAUUAAGGCUUAAUCACAGAGAUAUUGUAUUCAUCCCCUGUUAUGCGCAUCAAUUAAAUCUUUGCAUAGGUGAAGUUUUUAAGGAAUCGACGGAUUUAAAAAAUACAAUGGAUCAAGCGAUUCAGAUAGCAAUAUAUUUUAAGAAUGCAAAUAAUAAAUAUUUUAUAGGACAAUUACGUGAUCAACAAAAAAUAAUCUACAAAAAGUAUUAUAGCAUAGCAAUUCCGAGUGAAACCAGAUGGAAUAGUUACUAUCAGCUUGUAACUAGUCUUUUGAGAACCAAGAAAGCAUUAGAG